AGCGAUCGAUUCUACAUCCAAAGGAAUGGGGGAGUCGAGCUUGUGGGAAAUGAUAUGGAUAGUUUCGGAAUAUAAUAUUUGCACAAAGUAAUCUGAUGAACAGCUAAUUGAUAUCAAGAAGAGGAUCACGUGAACAUUGACUGGAACUCUUAUCGGUUCGAACAAACCGCAAUGAUACGAACUGAAGAGAUUCACUGUUCUAUGUCUUUACCAAUUAUCUUCCACUGUAUGUCGACUGCCUUUCGACGUUGCACUCUAAUACCGACAAAGGGUUCAAGACAGGUCAACGAACUUUGCAUUUUCUUUUACUUAAAACCUUUAAAACUUGUAGUUUUCACUCUUCAGUGCGAUUGAAAGUUGGUUAAUUUCAAGUUUUUUUGCACUGCGCUUCUGUGAUUCCUUUUCCCUUCUCUUGUCGAUUUUCACUUUCUUUUCAUUAACUGGAAGAUGGAAGGAUCUUCUCCAUACCUCUUUCUAACUAUCAAUAAUGUGAGUAGGAAUUGGUGGAAAUGUAAAUUAAGGCCGAAUGAGUGAACGUAUGGCGAAUGAAAUUCAGAAGAGGUACACAUUAGAUGCUUGGAAUCGAAUUUUGCUUUAUUUAUCAUUAUGCACGAUGAGAGCAGAAAGUCUCAAUGGGCGAUCCUUCUAGUCGUUUUAUCUGCACUCAGUCUGUGUAGUGCGAAUGGUUACUGUGAACGUUAUGCAAGCUGUCAACAGCGUGUCGAAGUUGAAGAGCGCCGCUGUGUAAAGCUGGGAGAAAAAUUAAAUCGCAGUAAUACCCAAUGUUUGAGACUUGUUGAUAUGGCUCGUACAGCAGUUGACGGUUUGCAGCUGAGAAAGACUGAGCUCGAGCGGGACUGUGCUACGAAAAAUAACGAUAAUCAGUCAUGGAGUCUUCGACGGUUUCAGCAAUCAGUAUGUAAGCGAGCUACUCAAAGCAUUCAUAAAUCCGGCAAAUUUUCCACUAAGAUUGGGCGGCAGCACAACAAUAUCAAAAUAUGCAGGAGAUCGGCGCAGUUACUACGCAAAAAGUGUCAUAUGUUAGCCCGAUGUUGCUCUUUGCACAGCUGUUCAGGAUUAAGAACUAUCCGAUCGCAAAUCUCAUCAGCAAUUGCGUUUUUACAUCAUCUCAAGCGGAAAUGUUUAAAACAGAAGAGUCACUAUCAUAUGUAAUGCCGCCUAAAUUUGAUUUUGUCCUUCACAUAGCAAGUAACGCAAUUUCUCAAAGUGACUUUCAAAUUUAGAGCCAUUGUUUUCUGGUACGCAAUUUCUCAAAGUGACUUUC